UGACGUGUUGUUGACAUGUCAUAAUGACGUGACGUGUUUCAUAUUCAAUGCACAGCUGGAAAAUAUAAGAAAUUUGCAAUAAUUCUCAAUAAUGCCCAACAAAAGUAGAUAUUUUUCAUCUAAUUUGUAGUUCUGUGCUAACUGCUGAAACUUUGUGUAUUAGUAGAACUUAUAAAAAGCAUCACCAUGGUUUUAAUGACAAUGAUUGCUCGGGUGGUCGACGGCCUGCCGCUAGCCGCUACCAUGCAAGAAGAUGACCAGAGCGGCUGCAAUAUAUUGGAGUACCAAAACCAAGCUAAAAUGCUGUUUAGGAAACUCGGUCCACAGUCCCCGAUCCGCUGCUCCAUUGAGACUGGGCCCUACCUCUUCCACUACUUAAUUGAAAACGAAAUCUGUUAUUUGGUACUCUGUGAACGCAACUACAGCAAGCGACUAGCAUUCAGCUAUCUGGAAGAAAUAUCUCAAGAGUUCUAUCAGCAAUACGGAAAGAGGGUGAACACAGUGACCCGUCCCUACACGUUCAUAGAGUUCGACACGUGGAUGCAGCGCGCGCGGCGGCAGUACGCGGAGGGGGGGGCGCGCGCGCGGCGGGGCGCGGGGGCGGCGGCGGGGCUGGGCGGCCAGCUCGGUGACGUGCAGCGCAUCAUGAUGCAGAAUAUUGAUGAUGUGCUGCAGAGGGGGGCGGUGCUGUCAGAAUUGGACACAAAAACGCAGAACCUCUCGAUGAUGUCGCAAAAAUACAAAAAAGACGCGACGUACCUCAACACCAAGUCCAUGAUCGUCAAGUUCACAGCCGGAGCCGUAGUUUUACUUGUAUUUGUGCUCUAUUUCUGGGUGCUUUAGCUUUACUUUCGAAUAUCACACCUUCGUUUUCGCCAGUUUGGUGCGCUCGGUUGGCUGAGUAGUUCGAUGUACAAAACAUAGAUGGCGUUAGUUGUUGCAUAUUGGAAAAUAAUGUAACAAUGUACUGAAUUCUCUGUGCUAUUUUACAAUGAGACAAUAUUUUAUUGCUUUUAGAAAAUAUUGUGUAUUUCUAUUUCCAAAACUCAAGCCGACCGAGCGAAUUUAUAUGUUGGAGAAUGAUUAUAUUGAUACACGACUGUUGAACUUGUAGGUACAUCAUUCCAAAAUAUGAAUCAUUUUAUCGUGUACCUUUCACAUUAUGUAUUGCAAUAUUACUCAUAGAUACUUUCACGUAAUAAAUCUUUGUACUGCCGCUUUCCCAUGAUAUAGGGUAAUACUCUAUCGUUUAGCUUAUUCGCCAACAUUUAUUAUUAUUAUUACUUCUUGUAUGAUUUAUCACAAAUUCCUAAUUUUGUAUAAAGUAACGGCACACACUUAUAAGACGGUGAUGGAGAGUUGUUUUUAUUUAUCAAUUAUGUAUUGUUAUGUAAAAUGUAUUUAAGAAAUUAAAUGGCAUUCUUUUUCAAA